AUGGCGUCAAAACUAAACGUCACGCUCAAUAUUCUGCUUGUUCUGUUUAUUAUUUCCUUUGCAAAUGUAAUUAGAUUUCCUCUUACACCUAUAAACAUCGAGACGAAGAGAUCACUAGGAUACCCAAGGGAUUCCUUGCUGAACUUCACGGAGCUAACUGGAAUAUAUGGAUACCCAGCUGAGGAACACAGGGUUGUGACUGAUGAUGGUUACAUCCUUACGAUAUUUCGAAUAUCCAGAGGGAAAAAAUACCAUGGAAAGACCAAACGGCCACCAGUUAUACUCAUGCACGGUCUUCUGCAGAGCUCCGAUGCUUGGCUCGAUGCGGGACCUGAAGAUGGUUUGGCCUACCUCAUAUCGGACGCUGGUUACGACUUAUGGGUCGGAAAUGUUCGUGGCAACUAUUAUUCCCGCAGUCAUGUUCGCUUAAAUCCUGAUAGGGAUCCUGAAUUCUGGAAGUUUUCCGUGGACGAAAUUGGAUUUUAUGAUGUACCGGCUAUAAUCGAUUACGUGUUAUACUACACUAAAGCGGACAAAGUGAAUUAUGUCGGGUUUUCACAAGGUGCCGGGACCUAUUUCGUUAUGUGUUCAGAAAGACCGGAGUAUUGUGAUAAAGCUCGAGUGCUGAUUACCUUAGCACCAGCUGCUAGACAGAAAAACACAAAAUCUGUACUGUACAGGACUGUCACUGAAGGUAUCAACAGUUUGGAAAACAUACUGCGUCUAUCGGGUGUUCAGGAAGUGUUUUCGAAAGGUGCCCUUAGUCAAGAAUUUCUUGCGUUCCUCUGUCAUUUAAAUUGGGCAUCAGAAUUUGUCUGCGCAACCGGUGAAGCAUUGUUUGAUUCAUUCCAUCCAGGAUCCAUAAAUAAUGUGACCCUUAAAAAUUUAUUCGGCCACUUUCCCGCUGGAACUUCGGUACAUAAUAUGGCACGUUACGGUCAAAGCAUGAGAAGUGAGAGAUUCGAGAAGUUUGAUUAUGGGAAAUCUAAGAAUUUACAAUUAUACGGAAGUACUAGACCUCCGGAAUAUAAUCUCAGUGCUGUGACUGUGCCAGUGAUAGCGGUUUAUGGGGCAAAUGAUCAUUUAGUGGAUACGCAAGACGUGGAUUGGUUGAUGGACAAGUUGCCUAAUGUGGUGGAAGCGGUGAAAGUGCGUGAUCCUCUUUGGAAUCAUAUGGACGUAACAUACAGUAGUAUGACAAAGACAUUACUUUUACCUACAAUUAGUGAUUAUUUAUUAAAAUAUAGUUAUGAUUGA